GUUGUUAGUUGCCAUGUGGGUGCUGGGAUUUGAACCCAGGUCUUCUGCAAGAACAGUGUUCUUAACUGCUGAGCCAUCUCUCCAGCCCCAAAUUACCAUUUCUUAAAGAGGAAAGAUUAGCCUUUUUUACUGAAUACAUAUAACAGAUCCAUGUAGUCCUUUUGUUGAGUUGAAGUCUCUUUCCAGAAAAUGUUCACUUACAGGAAGCUGAGACCGCCUAGCAGUGACAGGUGUCACAAUGAUUUUAGGUUAGUACUAUUAUUUUUCUUUUGCAUGUGUGGUGCUGGGAAUGACACUCAUGGAUGCACACAUGGAGCUACAGCUACGUCUCAUCUUUAUUACAGAUGUCAGAUUGUCCCUUCCUAUUACCUUCGACUGAAUACAUUAAAAUUUGGAAGCUAUAAAGAUGAAUUCAAUCAUAAUUGAUAACUUAGUUAUUGGCUCCUAUUAUGGUUGGAGUCUGAAAUGUCCCCCAGAGGUUCAUAUACUUGGACACCUGUUCUCAGGCUGCUGGUGAUCUUUGGGGGAGGUUGUGAAACCUUUGGGACACAUAGCAGAAAUGAGUUACUAAGGGAAGGUCACCUCUGGUUUGUGCGUGAGCUUUGUUUCCUGUUCUGCCUAGUAGCAGCAGCUGCUACAACUGAUCAAGCAACUAACCACACCUUCCCCAGUAUAGGACUAUAUACUCUGAAACUGUGAGCCAAAUAGAACCUUCUGCCCUUAAGUUGCUUCUGUCAUGUGUUAAGGUACUUCAUUAGAGGGAUGAAAGAAGUACUACAUAUUCCUACCCAGCAUCUUCUCUCUUCCCUCUUACUAUUUUGCUUAUGUAUCCAUCCUGUUUCCACUCAGCUAAGUACUAUAGGCAAUGUGAGUAUCCUCUUCCUAAAAUCCAGUGGGCAUAGAAUACACCAAUCUUAUACUAGUCCAUUGUACUUGGCUUACGAGGGUAUAAGCCAAAAUUUUGGUCAUGAGAUGCAAGUCAGCAUGACAGAGUGAAAAAGGAUAGAAAUUUGAAGUUGAGUUCCAAUUUUCCUAGCUGCGUAGUCUUGGAACAGCCAUAUGUCUCUGCUAAAUGCAGUUCCCUAAGGUGGAUAUGUGAAAUUAUGUGCUUACAAUGGAAAUUCAACUAAAGAAUGUUUAUAAAAAACUUUCCCAUAAACUGUAUUUAAAAGGGUAAGAGACUCCAGUAUGUAUUCUGCAGCGAACUGAUGAUGCUUGAGUUGGCAUAAUUCCCCAGGAGAGAUGAUUUGAUGUAGAAACUGUAUCUUCAGGACACCUUUAUCCUAUUUACUCAGAUUUAUCUUUCUCAACAUAAAUCUGGAAAUACCUCACUACAGUCUGUUCCCCUGUAGAUUACAAAAUAGACUCACAACUCUUCAGUCUGAUGCCAACUAGGACAACACUGCCCAUUUCUAGGCCUGGACUUACCAAGCUGUGCUGCAACUUUCCUACCAGAUUCUUCUGAGUUUCAGAAGCAAAGGGGCUAAAUACAGUUCAGGAAGGAUUUCUAAAGGAUGGUGGAGAGGUAACAUCUGCUGCUUCCUGUGCCAGGCCUUUCUUUUUCAACACUUCCUUGUACCCCACUCUUAAUGCUCAUGAGAAACCGACACUUGUAAACGUUUUAAUUACCCACUCUCAGGAUGAUGAUGAUGAUUAUUAUUUUUGGUUUUUUUGAGACAGGGUCUCCCUGUAGCCCCAGCUGUCCUGGAACUCACUAUGUAGACCAGGCUGGCCUUGAACUCACAGAGAUCCGCCUGCCUCUGCCUCCCGAGUGCUGGAAUGGAAUUAAAGGCGUGCGCCACCACGCCCGGCUAGGAUUAUUUUUUAUGCCAAACUUCCUAAUAAACUACAAGAGUUUCCUACCCUCGUUAAUUAGGCUCGCGGGUUCCUGGGAUUUCCAUAAGAAUGAGCCAUUCUUCUAUCGUUGGAUAGUCUUUUUUUUCAUUAUCUAGGGUUGGUACAGUGGCUCCCACAGCACUCAAAGGGGAGCCCCCAGGGCCUCUGCGCGGGCCUGAAAGGAACACUGACAGAGGGAUGCCCUUGCGCAGGCCCCGCCCCUGCCCUUCCCGGCACCACCCUCGGGUUUGAGGGAUGGAGACAGGAAGGAUCCGGUAUUCUCCGAGGAGGAACCUGCUGAGCACCCAAGGCAAGACCCAGAGGAUCCUUCCAGGAAGACACGACUGUCACCGAGCUGGACAAGCGUCUCUCCUCUAGAUUGACUCUCUUGGCUUUCCGUUUUCCUUACAGCGGGGAGGGUGGAACUUCCUGUUUUCUCUCGCACGGACUUCCGGAAAGGACUGAUGGACUGAAAACAAGACACGCGGGGCCGCCGGCCACUUGAGGCAAAAGGGAGAAAGUGAAUUUGGGUUUUAGCAGGGGAGUUGUAAAAUCUUGUUUUUCCGUUGUGGUGUCCUGUGCUCCAUUCACUAAAGUCGUCCUGGGAACCGCCGGAACUGGCUCAGGGAGGGAUCGGAAGUCCCGCCUCUUCCUCCCAGAGGGAAGACGGUGAGCCGGAGGAGUCAGUCAGAGGGCCGAGUAGGGGCGAUUCCGGCGACUAACAGGGCUGUAAGUGCCAGUUAGUCCAAUUUUGUCAGAAGAAACAUCACCAGAACUUUAUAGCAUGGAUUCUGAAAAUAAACCUGAAAAUGAUGAAGAUGAAAACAUCAAGGAAGCAAGAGACAUGAGAAGAACUUCAUCUCCUGGUGCUGGAUGUGGGCCUGUAUCUGAUAUGAAAGCAGCUGCUUCUGAGAAUUUCAUUAGCAAAAGAGGUUUUUCAGAAUCGUCCAACUUGGACAAUACUACUGUGGAAGAAGACAGAAAUGAGCAUGCUUCCAAACGAAUGAGAGUAGAGACAGUGCAGCUCUUUGAGACUGGAGAACAGGGCACCUGUGGGUUGGGCACUGCCCAGAGCUCAGCUGAAGAAGCCAGAGUCCAGUUAGCUGAAGUAGGAAAGGAGGCCUUCCCAACAAACUGCUCAGAUGGAGGCAUAGCUCUUCCAAUUGUCAUCUCCCCAUCUUGUGACUGUAGCACAGUUGAUGGCCUUUCUCUGAAAGCAGACACAAGAAGAAGGCUUGCUCAGGAAAUGAUUUCCCUUGUUCCAGAAAGAGACUCUCCUUUCCCCCCGAAAGAAAUGAGUAUUAGUUGCAGCUUUGGAAACACAGAUGCUGUUGUCAAGUGCAGUUUGUGUGGCCGUACAUUUUUGUCUUGUUCUGAUUUGGAAAAGCAUGCUGAAUGUCAUGUGGAACAGGCUAAAGAACAUACGUGCUGCCACUGCAGCCACAAGGCAGAGAGCAGCUCAUCUCUUCACAUGCAUAUCAAACAUACACAUGGGCCACAGAAAGUCUUUUCUUGUGAUCUCUGUGGCUUUCAAUGUGUGGAAGAAAACCUGUUGAAUGCACACUAUCUUGGUAAAACACAUCUGCGGCGUCAGAAUCUUGCUGCUCGUGGAGGAUUUGUACAAAUUUUAACAAAACAACAUUUUCCUAAAAAAACAUGUGUUAUGGGAACAAAGAAUGUUCGAGCGAAACCAAGAGCUUCUAAACCAAUAGCAAAGAAUGGCGAGUCAAAAGGAUUACAAAAUGUUGGGAGCAAAUUUCAAGACUGUGGAGGAAGCUGUUCUGAACACAGUGGCAGCAGCAGUGAGCUCCUUGUUGAAAUGGUGCCGUCCAGGAAUACCUCCUCAGGAAAAGCAGAUGUUGUGGAGGAAAAUGUUACUUUUGGUGUAGCUCAGAAUCUUGAAAACCAGAACAGAAAGCUAGGAGGCUUAGUAAUCCCAGAGGGACUUUUAGGUAAAUCAGAAUCUACCAAAAAUACCCCACAGACAGCACAUAUCAGUAUCAGUACCACCUCGAGGCCAAGAUCUGAGCGAAAUAUUCUAAUGUUGGGUAAUAGCUUUCGCCGACGAAGUGGCACUUUCACCCUAAAAGGCCAGGCCAAAAAAAGAUUUAAUCUUUUAGGAAUUAAUAAAAGAGGCACAAAUGAAACUCAGAGGAUAUAUAUGAAACACUUUAGAACACAGAUGAAAACAGACGAUGCACAGCCAAUACUGAAACAAGUACAAAUGGGCAACAGUGUCCAAAGUCACUCAGAUACCCCAGAAGUGACACAGGACAAGACAACUGCCUGUCUUCCAGACUCCAUACAGCUGGCCACCCUGGUAGUAAAGCCAGCUUCUGACCACCAGAUUCCAUGUACCUGUACAGAGUGUGGUCUGACAGCCACAAACAAGACAGACUUGGAAAUUCAUAUGAAAAGGUGCCAUGAAAGAGACAUGCAGUUUCACUGUCAGACUUGUAACUUUUUCAGUACGUCAAGAAGAGACUUAGAAGAACAUUUGCACAGUAAUCAGCACCAGCAAACAGCUUCUGUCCUCGGCUGUCAAUGUUGUUCCUUUAUUUCUUUGACUGAAAUAAAUCUGAGAGACCAUAUGAAGGAAAAGCAUGGUAUGGGGUUUUUCUGCACCUCCUGUAAUCUGUUCUUGUCUGAGAAAGACAUGGAGGAACACAAAGCAACUGAGAAGCAUAAUAGUUCCAUGGUUCAACCAAAGACUACUCCAUCAUUGAACAGUGAAUCUGUUUUAUCUUUCAAUACUUUAGAAUCAGAAAAUACAAAGGAUUCUAUGAACCAGUCAGGGAAAGCAGCUCAGGAAGAACCUGCUAAGUUGAGGGUAAGCCACGGAAAUGAAGCAAGGCAUUCAAGUAAGCCUCAGUUUCAAUGUAAGAAAUGUUUUUAUAAAACAAGGUCUUCCACUGUUCUCACAAGACACAUUAAGCUUCGGCAUGGUCAAGACUAUCACUUUCUUUGUAAAGCAUGCAAUCUUUAUUCAUUGAGCAAAGAAGGAAUGGAGAAGCAUAUUAAGAGAAGUAAACAUCUUGAAAAUGCAAAGAAAAAUAAUAUUGGUUUAAGUUUUGAAGAAUGCAUUGAAAGGGUAUGUAUAGGUGCAAAUGAUAAAAAAGAAGACUUCAACAUUUCGGGAAAUGAAAGGUCUGAAGGCCAUGUUGGUGUGCAGUUACAGGAGCAUUCCUAUCUUGAGAAGAGCAUGCCAACUCCUAAGGAACUGUCACAGUCUGGCGUCGUCAGCAAAGAUGAUGAAUUAGCCUUAGCCACUGCUCCAAAGAGAGGGAGACCCAAAGGCAGCAUCUCACGGACUUGUUCACACUGUGGUCUUUUGGCUUCUAGUAUUACAAAUUUGACAGUGCACAUCAGACGCAAACAUAGCCACCAGUAUAGUUAUUUAUGCAAAGUAUGUAAAUACUACACUGUAACUAAGGGCGAUAUGGAGCGUCAUUGUGCCACCAAAAAGCAUAAAGGACGGGUAGAAAUAGAAGCAAAUGGGAAACAAAGUUCAGAUAUAAUUGUUGGUCCUGAAGGAGGUAACCUUGAAGCUUGUAAAAAGAAUACCCAUUUAGCAGUGUCUGUUUCUGAUGAACAGGCUAACAAGUCAACUGAGUCAGAAACCUCUCCUUUAGAAAAGCCAGUGGUGGAUCAUGGAAAUGCAGUUGAAGGUGAAGUGGAAAAUAUAUUUCAUUCUGUGGAUCGAGAAGUCAGCAGUCAUCUCACUGAUAAAAAGGGACAGGUAUCACUAGAGCCAGAGAACCUCCAGCAGGAUGAUGCAUACUCUCAGAGAGAUGUUGCAGGUUCAAGUGAUAAUAAAUGCCUACACUGUGAGUUCAGUGCUCACUCUGCUGCUUCUCUAGAGCUGCAUGUGAAACGGAAGCAUACAAAAGAGUUUGAAUUUUAUUGCAUGGCCUGUGAUUACUAUGCAGUGACUCGUCGAGAGAUGACUAGGCAUGCCGCAACAGAGAAGCAUAAAAUGAAAAGGCACUCUUACCUUAACUCUUCCAGUGUGGAAGCAUGUUCUUCAGAAAUGUCCAAAAACUUCAUUAUUCCUGAGGAAGAACAUUCGCAAAAUCAUGAGGAAUUUCAGAUUCCAAACCAAUCACCUGGUACUCUCAAAUCUAGAAGUGCUACAGAUUGUUCUGUUUUAGAAGACAGUACUAAUUUAGAUGUAUCUAAAGUACUCUGUGCUCCUAACUCAGUAGAAAUUGUGACUGAGGAAGAAUCUAAUUUGAGUGAAGACCAUUCCUUUUGUGAGACUUUGCAACAGCCCCUUGUUAAGGAUAAAAGUAUGAAACAUGAGAUAGUGUCACUUAAUAUUUCCUCAAAUUGUGGCUCCCCAAGCUGUUUGCAAAAUGAAAAUUCGGGAAGCUCUGCUGUGAAGUGUGAGACAGCCAAGAAAAGCCAUGAUGUGUUGAAUGAUGUUAGUGAUCCAAACAUAUGCUGUGAGGAUGAGGGAGGCAGCACAGACAGUAGUGGAGGUAAAGUCCUUGACAGACCCCUCUGUCCUGACAUCCUAGAUGGAGACCAUUCUUGUGAACGCAUUUCCCCUGUGGUGGUGAAAAUACCGAGAGGGCAGUUGGACCUGGAUGGCAGUGGCCAGGACAAAGUUGGAUGUGAAAGGAGUUCAGAAGAUUUGAAAGAUGCACAGGCAGAUCGUAUUCUGGAGAAUAAGGAAAUUCUGAUGAAUUCACAACAUGAAACUGAAAUUAUUUUGGAAGAGGAUGGCCCAGCAUCUGAUGGCACAGUUGACAGUAAUGAUGUUUAUGAAACCAUAAUAAGUAUUGAUGAUAAAGGGCAGACCAUGUACAGUUUUGGCCGAUUUGACUCUUCCAUAAUUAGAAUAAAGAACUCUGAAGAUGGUGAAUUGAUAGAUCAGUCUGAAGAGGUUCUGAUGGCAACAGGGGUAAAAGUUAGUGAGCUGCCCCUAAAAGACUGUGCUCAAGGCUUGAAGAAAAGGAAAGUUGAAGGUAGUUCAUUCGGCGAGUCCACACGCAUCCGAUGUGAUGAUUGUGGUUUCUUAGCAGAUGGACUUAGUGGAUUGAAUGUUCACAUAGCCAUGAAGCAUCCUACAAAAGAGAAACACUUUCAUUGUUUACUGUGUGGGAAAUCCUUCUAUACAGAGAGCAACCUUCACCAGCAUUUGGCUAGCGCUGGUCAUAUGAGAAAUGAACAGGCCAGUGUAGAAGAGCUUCCAGAGGGAGGGGCCACCUUUAAAUGUGUCAAGUGUACAGAGCCCUUUGAUUCUGAACAGAAUUUAUUUCUACAUAUUAAAGGACAGCAUGAGGAAUUGCUCCGGGAGGUGAAUAAGUACAUAGUAGAAGACACCGAGCAAAUCAAUCGUGAAAGAGAGGAAAACCAGGGAAAUGUUUGCAAGUACUGUGGGAAGAUGUGUCGAAGUAGCAAUUCCAUGGCCUUUCUGGCUCACAUUCGAACUCAUACAGGAUCAAAACCAUUCAAGUGCAAGAUAUGCCAUUUUGCAACAGCUCAGCUUGGAGAUGCCAGAAACCACGUGAAAAGGCACCUUGGGAUGAGGGAGUACAAGUGUCACGUCUGUGGGGUUGCUUUUGUGAUGAAGAAGCACUUAAACACCCAUCUACUAGGGAAGCACGGAGUGGGCACCCCUAAAGAAAGGAAAUUUACAUGCCACUUAUGUGAUAGAAGUUUCACAGAGAAGUGGGCCUUGAACAACCACAUGAAACUCCACACAGGAGAAAAGCCAUUUAAGUGCACCUGGCCUACAUGCCACUACUCAUUCCUCACAGCCUCUGCGAUGAAAGACCACUACAGGACGCAUACAGGCGAGAAGUCAUUUCUUUGUGACCUCUGUGGCUUUGCUGGCGGGACCCGGCACGCCCUCACCAAGCACCGCAGGCAGCACACAGGAGAAAAGCCUUUCAAAUGUGACGAGUGUAACUUCGCCUCCACAACCCAGUCACACUUAACUCGUCAUAAGCGUGUGCACACUGGAGAGAAGCCUUACCGAUGCCCCUGGUGUGACUACAGGUCUAACUGUGCUGAGAAUAUCCGCAAACACAUUUUACACACUGGCAAACACGAAGGCGUCAAGAUGUACAACUGCCCAAAAUGCGACUAUGGAACAAAUGUCCCAGUGGAAUUCCGAAACCACUUGAAAGAACAGCAUCCUGACAUUGAGAACCCUGACCUCGCGUACUUGCAUGCUGGCAUUGUCUCCAAGUCCUACGAGUGCCGCUUGAAAGGACAGGGGGCCACCUUUGUGGAGACAGACAGCCCCUUCACUGCGGCCACCCUGGCAGAGGACUCACCUGUCAAAGAGAAAUCCCUGAGGAGCAGCAAGAGGCAGGCCUCGCCCCCUGAGCAGGUGCAGCAGGUCAUCAUCAUCCAGGGCUACGAUGGGGAGUUUGCCCUGGAUGCCUCUGUGGAGGAGACCGCAGCAGCAACACUGCAGACACUGGCAAUGGCUGGCCAAGUGGCCAGGGUGGUACACAUCACAGAACACGGGCAGGUCAUUGCUACAAGUCAGAACGGGGCGCACGUGAGCAGUAUGGUACCUGGACCCAUUCUCCCAGAGGAGCUGGUGGACGGAGCCACCCAAGUGGUCGUCAUGGGGGGCUCCAUGGAAGAUCACAGUGCGGAUGAGGCCCUCAGUCCAGGUGGUGCUGUGAUACAGCAGGUUACCAAGCAGGAGAUUUUAAGUCUCUCCGAGGCUGGAGUCCCUCCAUCUGACACCUCCUCAGCCUUAGAUGCACUGCUGUGUGCGGUCACAGAGUUGGGAGAGGUGGAGAGCAGGGUGGGGCAUGAGGAGAAGGGCAGGCCCAGCCACAAGGAUGUGCUGAUCCAGCUGCCCAGCCAAGAAGCAUCCCAUGCUGAUGCUCACACUGAGGCCCCAGGAACUCAGAUGUUCCAAGAUGGUCAGGAGAGUCCAGAAGCUAUGGAAGUGCUCACCCAGGUUGUCCGGCCCUCGACCAUCAUCACGUCUCAAGAACGAGCCCAGGUGGCCUUCAAGAAAAUGGUUCAAGGAGUCCUUCAGUUUGCUGUGUGUGACACAGCUGCAGCCAGCCAGCUGAUGAAGGAUGGCAUCACCCAGGUCAUUGUGAAUGAGGAGGGUGCUGUCCACAUGGUAGCUGGAGAGGGCUCCCAAUUCAUCAUGCAGGAGGCUGAGACCCAUGGCCUACGGGUGCCAGCUGAACAUGUGGACCUGGUAGAGUCAGAAGGAGAGAUCUCACAGAUCAUCGUAACAGAUGAGCUGGUCCAGGCUAUGGUCCGUGAGUCUGGCAACAGCUUCCCUGAGGGUGCCACUCACUACAUCGUGACAGAAUUGCCUCCAGGAGUGCAGGAGGACACAGGCAUGUACUCGCACACUGUGAUAGAGACAGCCAGCUCUCCAGAGAUCCUGCAGGCUGGGGCUGCACUCAGUGCUGAGGCUGUGGGCACCAGUGCCACAGAACAGUUGACAAGCAUGGUUAUCUACACUCAAGAUGGCUCCCCAGCAGCCACAGUGAUCCAGAGCCAAAGAGAAAGCAGUGAGCUUCAAGAAGCAUGAGGCAGGCCUCCAUGCUGGUCACAGGGCAGU